AAGUAAAUUAAACGCGGCCGGCCUUAUGGAUCCAAAAUACCCGACCCCUAGGCCGAUCAAGCUCAACAACACCUCUGUGACCAAGUUUCACGCCAUGGAUCCAAACCCGAGCCCUAGGACGCCGAUGACCAAGUUCAAUUCCAUGGAUCCAAAUCCGAGUCCUAGGAAGAUGCGAAUCCUUUCAUAUGUUAUGACCAAAAUCCCUAGCUUCAAACGACGCCAAUUGCAGGAGCUCGAGAUUGAAAGGCUGUCACCGAGGUCCUCCUUGCCAGAAACCUAUACCGAAUUAUCUCAACGCGAGUCGUAUUCAGAACUUGCUGAACGUGUGUCUCGUUUGACGGAUGAUGAUAUCCUUGCAAACAUCCGUGCGGUUGCUGUUGAGGUGUCUCAGAUCCGAUCUGUGAUUAAAACUUUAGGUGAACGUCCGGAUCCGGAAACAGUUGAACUAGCCAAGUUCCGGUAUGCUGAGGCAGAGGAAUCACCUUUUGGUGAUCAUUUUGAUGAGAUCGCGUUGUCUGAAAACGAAGUUGAGAUCGUGGAAAGGAGAAAGAGAGCGUUGAAAAGAGAGCAACAAAUGUAUAAGGCCUUGCUGUCCUUGGAUGAGAUGCACGCCACGUAUGGUAAUUUGUUAGUUGUUGCGGAAACAAGGCUUCAAAAGCUCUAUGAUACGGCUAAGGAGGCUGGAAAGUUAAAUGCUCUCGAUAAGAAGGCUUCUUCUUCUAUGCUUCCAACGAUUGCGGAGGAGGUUAAGGAAGAGAUGGCUGAUAUUCUUCAGGAUGCAUUAGUGAAUGGUGUUGAACGGAUUAAUUUAUCUAACCGGAAGUUGCCUUUUGUUCCUGAGGCCUUUGGAAAGCUUCGAACGUUGGUUUCUCUCAACCUGUCCUCUAAUAAACUUAUGGCUAUUCCGGAUUCACUUGCUGGACUUGAGAGUCUCGAGGAGCUUAAUCUUUCUUCAAAUCUAUUCGAGUCGCUACCAGAGUCCAUUGGUUCAUUGCAAAGAUUGCAGGUCCUAAAUGUGUCAAGCAACAAACUCACCUCCUUACCAGAUGGCAUUUGUAAAUGCAGAUCAUUAGUAGAACUUGACAUCAGUUUCAACAAGGUUGGAUAUCUCCCUUCCAAGAUUGGCUAUGGGCUGGUGAAUCUAAGGAAACUCUUGAUGGCAUUGAACAAAUUGCGCUCCCUUCCUACCUCCAUUGGCGAGAUGACGUAUCUCCAGGUUCUAGACGUGCACUUCAAUGAGCUCAAAGGCCUGCCACCCUCCAUUGGGAUGUUGACAAAACUCGAGGUUCUUAACUUGGGUAGUAACUUUAAUGACCUUACAGCACUCCCUGAAACAAUAGGGAGCUUGACCAGCCUUAGAGAACUCGAUAUUUGCAACAAUCAGAUUCAACAACUGCCCAUUACAUUUGGGCGGCUUGUGAAUCUGAAAAGGCUUGUGGUGGACCAUACUCCAUUGACGGUUCCACCCCCAGAAGUAGUGGAGGAAGGUGUUGAAGCUGUGAAGGUGUAUAUGAGCAAGAGGUUAUAUGAUUUAAUUGUCGAAGAAGAGAAAAGGAUGAUGUGGGAACGGGAAGAACAGGCACAGGCUGGUUGGUUUACGUCGGUGUUUUUUGGGCCGGUUUCUGGUCCAGGCACAACGUAUCCUUACCUCACUCAUCGACUAUGAUCACGUUAUAGACAACA